CAAAUGCGAAGUAGUUUGAAGUUGGACAAUAUACCACUCAGCUCCAUCUUGAUUGCGUCUGAAGCACCAAUGAGGAGUAGCCUAGAUAUUGAUAAAUUAAUAAUCUUUCGACAAAGUUUUCAUUAUCGAGCGAGUCUCUCCGUUGUCAACGUUCUUUUGGAAUUGUUAUUACGACGGUUAGAGUAGCAGCCGACGUCUAGCUUGGAAAAAGAUGUAGCAGUUUCAUUACCGGUGAAGCUUAGAACUGUACAAAUCGCUAUCAAGUGUGGCAGUCAACAGAUAGCUUCUCAGAAACAAGUAUCCAUUCACUUUGGCGAUGAACAGCACAUUAAGACAGAGCACGGGGCGGCUAAGCCAGUACAGACUGAGGAUACUGUCCCUAGUAGAGGAAAAUUAGUUACCCUGCUACUUUUCCAUAACACCAAGAUUCCAAGGAGGUAAAGAACUCCAUUCAGCAUGUGUAUAUAAUUGUGACCAAUGCAGGUAGUCGUUUCGUAGAAAGGCUUUAAUAGUUGCCCACUUACGCAAAGUUCAAAAUAAUAACAUGACUCCCUAAGAAAUGAUAGAGAAACUUGAGGAACUGAAAAGUACAAAAAGACCAUAAAAGGAAAUAAGCCGGAUGAAACAAUCCUUCCAUCUGAGACAAAAGCUCUGAGACAUCCAUGCCGCAGUGAAGCAAGAGGGCAAACAUCAAGACAGCAGGUCGCAAGGAGGAAGAAAAGAGAUAUAGGAGAUAUGCAGGAAGUGAAAGAACAAACAAAGCAAGUUGGAGAAAAGGGUGAAGAAAAUCUCAUUCUAAUGAGAGAAGUAGAACUUGUAUUAGAAGAUAGAGAAAGAGAAACCUCAGCAACGAUGCCCAUGUCAGAGUCAGAGAUCAGUGAAGCUGAACUAGAGGAGGAGACUGGCAAUGCAUUAGCGAUAUCAGAGAGGGAUGAGGGCCAGGGACAUGCUGCUGAGCGGGUAGAAGAAAAUCAAGAUGCCUCUACCGACCCUGUUAUUGGAAAGAAAAGGAAAAGACAGACAGCUGACUUGAAGGUCCAAGAAUCACAGGAGGGAACAUGUGAGCCAAGUGAAAUGAUUGAACAAAAGGCAAUCCAUGAAACUGCAGAAAAAGAAACAAAGGAUAUUGGAGAAAAGGGUGAAGAAAAUCUCAUUCUAAUGAGAGAUGUAGAACUUGUAUUAGAAGAUAGAGAAAGAGAAACCUCAGCAACGAUGCCCAUGUCAGAGUCAGAGAUCAGUGAAGCUGAACUAGAGGAGGAGACUGGCAAUGCACUGGCGAUAUCAGAGAGGGAUGAGGGCCAGGGACAUGCUGCUGAGCGGGUAGAAGAAAAUCAAGAUGCCUCUACCGACCCUGUUAUUGGAAAGAAAAGGAAAAGACAGGCAGCUGACUUGAAGGUCCAAGAAUCACAGGAGGGAACAUGUGAGCCAAGUGAAAUGAUUGAACAAAAGGCAAUCCAUGAAACUGCAGAAAAAGAAACAAAGGAUAUUGGAGAAAAGGGUGAAGAAAAUCUCAUUCUAAUGAGAGAUGUAGAACUUGUAUUAGAAGAUAGAGAAAGAGAAACCUCAGCAACGAUGCCCAUGUCAGAGUCAGAGAUCAGUGAAGCUGAACUAGAGGAGGAGACUGACAAUGCACUGGCGAUAUCAGAGAGGGAUGAGGGCCAGGGACAUGCUGCUGAGCGGGUAGAAGAAUAUCAUGAUGCCUCUACCGACCAUCACAUGGGAAAGAAAAUGAAAAGACAGACAGCUGAUUUGAAGGUCCACGAAUCACAGGAGGGAACGUUUGAGCCAAGUAAUAUGAUUGAACAAAAGGCAACCCAUGAAACUGCAGAAGAAGAAGCAAAGGAAGAAAACAAUUUAGAUGUUGGCGAUGACAAAAACGCCUUUACAACCAGUAAAAAAUCAACAGAAAAUAAAGAAUAUCCCAUAGCAUGCUUGCUUUGUGAUUUGCAAUUUGAGACAAAAUACUAUCAAAGGAAACACAUGCGUACAAUUCAUGAGGAAUAUAGGCAGCAGUAUAAGUGCAGUACAUGUGGUAAAAUUUUUGAGCAGAAAGGUUUAUACAUAACACAUGUCGAAACCCACAAGGACAAAACAGAACGACAGAAAUACUAUUGUAAGAUAUGUGAUAAAACCUAUCUGUCAAAGUAUUAUUACGAUUAUCACAUGGAAAGGCAUAAUGAUAAAUCAAAGCUAAUCGAAUGCAAAACAUGUGGUAAAACUCUUACUAGCAAACAAAGUCUUGAGAGGCACAUCAAUGACGUGCACAUCAAACAGAUAAAGUACAUUUGCGAUUUGUGUGGGAAACGACUCUACACCAACAGCGAGAUUAAGUUUCAUCUUGAAAGUCAUAAUAUAGAGAGUGCAUUUAAAUGUGAGGAAUGUGGAAAAGGCUUCCUCCUGGAUAAUCAACUUAAAAUCCACAAGAAAAGGGUCCAUUCCAGUGCUGGUCAUUGCCGUUGUGAAGUCUGUGGAUCAGCUUUCAAGAGUCAAGCCAAUCUGAAACAGCACAAUCUUACUGUCCAUAGUGAAGUCUACAAAUACCACUGCGACGUUUGCGGAAAGAAAUUCAAGCGCACGAGUCACCAAGUUGCCCAUAUGAAAAUCCAUUCCAAAGACCCCGCUAACAAGCGUUUUAAAUGUGAACUUUGUAGUAAAGCAUUUCAAACUAGAGGCAUGUUUAAGGUGCAUAUGGAUUGGCAUCACAACAUCCGGUCAAAUAAAUGUGAUGUGUGUGGUAAGUCAUUUCUGACGAAGGGUAACCUGGACAAGCACGAGUAUGUUCACCGGGACAAGAAACCCCAUGAAUGUCAGAUUUGUUCUCAGGGUUUCAUAGACCUGCCAGUUCUCAGGAAACAUCUAGACGUAAAACACAAUAUCACCCUGAAGAAGUUAGUGACGCAGAGAGUGCGCGAAGCCAACGAUUCCAAUUAAAGAGUCAGGAGGAGAUGCUGUCCCUGCUCGUAAACCUGCUGCCAGACCAUCUUCACCUUCAAAUUCAUGGUCUCAGGACGCUGAUAAUGACAGUCCCGAAUUCAGUCAUCAUGGGAACUUCAGAAGAGGCAAUAUUAUUCAAGUUCCUGAGGCUAGUGGUGGCCCAGUGGAUAGAGAGGCACUUCUGGCUAUGAUGAAUCAAUAGAUUUAUAGCAAAAGGGAGAGGAGGCUAAUAGAUCGAUAUUGUAACAUAUUUUCUGUUUCUGGCCUUCCUCUCACAUGCACCUGUCCGAGCGGUCAGAGAAUAUUGCAUGAAACUGAAACAAGCAAUGGGAUAUACGUGUUAGAGAAUGGAGCACAUUAGAGAGCAGUCUUGAAGGCGUUUGACACUAUAAAUCAUGAUAUUUUGCUAGAAAAGACGGCACAUUAUGGUAUACGUGGUAUUGCUUUCCAAUGGUUUGCUAAUUACCUCUUGAAUCGCUCUCGGACAUCUCGGCUAUAAGGAGGCCAAAUCUACCCGAAAGACUAUUACGUGCGGCGUGCCGCAGGGAUCAGUUCUGGGUCCUACAUUGUUUUUUUAGUGUAUAUUAAUGAUUAAUCUUGUUGUACUAACUAUUUUAAUUUUGCAUUGCUUGCAGACGAUUAAAAUAUUUUUCACACUUUUGAUGAUAAUCAAAUUGAAAUUGAUGUAAAUGAGGUUAAUGAGCAACUAGAUGCAAUUCAAAAAUGGCGCGAUGCUAAUAAACUCACUACCAAUUUGAAGAAAACUAAUUACAUGUUUAUUUUAAAAAAUACGACGGGCAAUUAAUUUAAUUGGUGUCCUUAGACUGUCUAAUACGGACAUUAAUGAUGUGAGCGUGGCAUCUUUUGUAGGAGGUCAAAUUCAUAGUACAUUGUCAUGGAAGUUCGUUCGUUCGUUCGUAGAAAAAUGAGUUUGCUAUUUACAUUAAGACAUUUUGUUCCUCAGUAUAUCCUUGUGCUCUUGUAUAAAUCGUUUAUACAGCCCCACAUACUCUAUGGAAUCGAGAUAUGGGGAAGCAGUUAUAAAUCUCGCUUGAAUUGUAUUCAUUUAGCUCAGAAGAUGGCGGUGCGAGCUAUUACGUUUUCAUUAUUGAGAACAUCCUCCGGACCACUGUUUAAACAAUUUGGGAUAUUGGAUGAUUUUGGUUUGCAUGAACUGGCAGUUUUAACAUAUGUUUGUGAUUGUAUAUGAUUUGUAUAAUAGAAAGUUGCCACACACAUUAUUCGAUUAUUGUAAGAUUGUACACCAUACUAAUACGAAACAACAGGAAAAAAUGCAAUGCUACCCUUGCCAAUUUGUAGGAUGACACAAGGUACAUUCACCAUUUAUUUUGUUGGACUGAAGCUUUGGAACAUCUUACCUCAGAAGAUUAGAGAACAAAAAACAAGAUAUUCAUUUCGUAAUACCCUCACAAUUUAUUUGAUGAACAAAUACAUUAUCGGUCUUGUAGCAGUUAAUAAUGUUUUGUAUUUUGAAUGUAUACAGUAUAAUGUAAUGUUUAAUGCUAUAGUAAUGAACAGAUACACUAUCGAUAUAUAGGGAACCGAGAAAACCAAUUUAGACUAGCACUUGUGCUAACUUUUAUUUUUCUUUUAGCAACAACUUGAAGUUCCUUGAACUUUUGUAUAAAAUGUGUUUCAUGUAAGCAUUAAUUAAGUUUUUGCACUAAUUCAUUGUUUUGUACAUUAUGUACAGUUUGUAUUUUAUUGUUUUGCCAUGCAUAAUUUCUUUUAUGAUGUAGAUACAUUUUGUUGUUGUUAAUAAACUGCAAAAUAGCGACAGCUAGAAACUAGUGUUUUAAGGUAUAGGGCUUUAAGGUAUAGCAGAUUUUCAAAUGAUAAACAAAAUCAACCACACAAUGUAAUAAAUGCUAUCCUUUUAUUUAGCUAUAUGCAGAAUGUUAAAGCGACUGUACCUUCGGUAUCAACUAUGGUAACCACGGUACUGGGAACCAUGGUUACCAUAGCUCGGUAUUACGAUGGUUUUUAGUACCAUGGUCACCAUGGUUCUAUUUCCAAAUUACCGUCCACCAUAAGAACCAUGGUAAUUACAUGGUACAUUUUUAUAAGGGUAUCAAGAAACAUCAAGUUAUUAGCCUAUUUAAUAAUAAUAACAAUUAUAUUUAGCUUUAAUGUAGUCUCUAAGCG